UGGGAAAAUCGAUUUGAACGUCCAUCCCAACGCGGAAUUCCUACUCGUGAACUCUGGCCUCUUUCUAGAGCUCCGGCCUGAAAAUCACUGACUUCUUGAUUUGUCCUCGUAUUUUUCCGAGUUCCUAAUUGUUUUGAAUGCGGCAUUAGUAUUGCUUAAUGCGCUAAGGACGGUAUGUGACGUCAUUAUAGAACUCUUGUGAACGACGGGGUCGACUAUUCGAUAGAGUAAACUCAAAAACAUGGCAGAAAGUGAUUGGGAUACCGUGACCAUACUGAGGAAGAAGGGACCAACUGUCGCACAGUCGAAGUCGAAACAGGCUGUUGCAGCAGCUCAAAGACGUGGAGAAGAACUUGAUACCACUAAGAAAUGGGCUGCAGGACAAAACAAACAGCACGUGAUCACCAAGAAUACAGCAAAGCUUGACAGAGAGACUGAAGAACUUCAACACCAAAGAGUAUCUCUGGAGGUGGGCAAGGUCAUCCAACAAGGCCGGCAAAAUCAGGGCCUGACGCAGAAAGACCUGGCCACUAAAAUCAAUGAAAAACCACAGAUAAUUGGAGACUACGAAUCUGGAAAGGCUAUCCCCAAUAACCAAGUAAUGGGAAAGAUUGAAAGAGCAAUUGGACUGAAGUUGCGUGGGAAGGACAUUGGGAAACCCUUGGAGGCAGUCCCAAAGAAAAAGUGAAGGCAAUGCCUUGAAGCAGCUUAGCCUACAGUACUACCACCACAGCUGACAGCCUUGUCAAUUCUCUGGAGCGCUAGCACAUCUUAACCAGUUUAUUUAAUUAACUCUGGCUGCUAUUUUCUUUUACUGCCCUGAUUCCAAUAAUGAAUGUCAAGCUUGUGGGACCUGAUUUAAACAAUAUUGCAUAACUAAAUUCAAAUUUAUUGUGGUUUUGUUUUGCAUCUGGCUUUCAGCAAACCACAAGAAGAGACUGGAUUUUACUGAAUGGUUUUAAUGUCUUCAAAACUAUAUUCUAUACUCCCUGAGGUCUGUCUCCAUGCUCGUUCUGUGGUCAUUCCCUUUCAACUAGACAUGGAUAAGUUUGGCAUUUUGGCUAAAAUGUUUUAUUGUAGUGUAUGCUUUUCAAACAUUUAUGCAAGAAUGCUGCUUUCAUGGGCUGAUAUCUCCUGAAAAAGUGAUUUAUUCAAUCUCAAGGGCCUAAAAAGUUUAACGAAAUAAUAAAAUAUGGUAUAUGGAACCAUUGUCUUAAUCAAUCAUUCUACUUCGAUUGAUUUUUUUUUGGACACAAUGUUGCCAUGUACUGCUUGUCUAACAGAUGUA